AUGGCCGCUGUUAUUGGGCGUUUUGCAGCUGCUGGUGCCAAAUCAGGUGGAAAAUUUGCCACAAAAGCAGUGACAAAGAAAGGUGGGAAAGGCUUGGCCAAGAGCGUAGGUAAGGUGGGAAAAAAGAAGGGUUUGAAGAAGCUUGCCGGCGGAAAAGGUGGAAAGCUGAAAAAGUUUGCAGAAGGUCAGCUGAAAGGUGCAGUGAUGAGUGGGAUUGAAAAUAACUGUGGAGACGAAGGUCGUGAGUCAGGAGGGAAACAUUCAAAGAAGCCUAUCAAAAUUAAAUCCCCAGAUCGGAGCCACAAAUCACCUGAGAAGAAGUCUGGCGCAUUGCCUAAGGGCGGUAAAUCAAAAAUACAUUCAAAAGCGGAAAACUAUGCGAAAUCAAAAGUGCGUGGGAGACACGACACUGACGGUGAAGAUGACGACGAUUCGGAGUGCGGUGGGGAGUCUGGUGGCUCUGAUAGGGAAAGAUCAACCAGCAGAGAAAAAGGUAAGAAGAGAGGUAGAAGUAGUGAUUCUAAUUCGAAGUCGAAAAAGAAAAUAAGGGGUGAUAAAAAAGACAAAAAGAAUCACAAACAUCACAGUACUAAAGACGAGUCAGACAGGAAGAGUAAAAAGGGUAAGGAGAAGAAUAAGAAAGAGAGAUCGGGUGAUAAAUCAACUGAUAGUGAAUCGGAGAAAACUAGAAAAACUGAGAAACGAAAAGAUCGGAAAAGUGGUAAAAAGAACGCUAAGCGUUCUUCAGAAGAUGCUUGCCCUGAUACUAGCGAUUCUGAAAUGGAAAAAAGUGUUAAAAAACAUCAUAAAAAAGGUAAAAUUGCGAGGGAAGAGGAUUUGGAAGAUUCUUCGGACGGAUGUGAUACCGAAUAUGAAAAU